UAGAGAGUUGAACUGGACACGUCGGUUGGUUUGAACAGUGUGCUGUUGCCGAGGGCGGAUCAGCACUCUGAUGCGGGCAUGAGAGAGGUGUACCAUGCGCGGACUGCAUCUACCCUGUCUCCUCCACCCUUCUGGGUUGGUGAGGAUGGUGGCGGCCGUGGUGGCGGUGGGGACGAUGGCGGCCAGCAGACGGGUGGCUAGGUGUCCGGAGACUAGCCACCGCCCGGACGCCCCUGUACCCUCUGAUGGGACGGUGUGGCUGUACGUGUUCCGGCUCCAGGCGUGCAUGUGGCACUCUGGGGUGGGAGCCAGGGCCGGCUACUGGGCCUACGCCGCCAACGGUCAGUACGCCCUCAGGGACUACGCCGGAGACCGGUGCAACGGUCCACUCACCUACUGGUACAAGCUGGGACACACCAACAGAACCAAGACUGAGAUUAACGGCAUCGUCAGUGAGCUGGUGCGGAAGUGUUACCCGGGCUACAGACAGUGCUGGAAGUUCAUGAUGUCCCACUACAGCAUGGGUUACUGGAACUGUAACUACUUCACCCACCACCUGGCCGAUGCCCUGGGCGUCGUCCAUAGCUAUCCAAGCUGGCUUUGGAACUCCAUGUGGCCUGGCUUCAGCUGCUAGGUAACCCACAUACCGCCGUCAACUUCAGCUCCAGACUUAGGCAACAGUCACGGAGUCACAACAGUCACAGUCACCGGACUGGUUGUCUGUGGACCCCACCUGACUGUUGACCACAGCCCUCUACUACUGAAGGGGGUAGAAAUAGCCUAAGCUAUUCUAUCCCUUUGAGAUGUAUUUUCUUGUCUCAAUAAACAUAUUUGAACAUGAACUGCUGAUCGUACUGACUGGGGAGUCUCGUGCUUGUCCUCGCUCUCCCUUCACGUGCAGGUUAUGGGCAAGAUGUCAGUGUCGCCAGUUUGUGUGUGAAUUACGGUUGGCAUAAUUAGCCCAAACAUGAGAUUAAAACUUUGUGUUAUUGAAUCAUGCGUCAUUUGCCAUCUCAUACGUCUCAACUGACUCAGGAUUAGUAUUAAAUCUCGUGUCUUCACCAAAUGCAACAUUUUUUUUUUUCAGAAAAAGAGUUCAGAAUGAAAUUGUCAUUUAAUAUUCCAGAUAAGCUACUUUCCACUGCCCAAACACAAGGAACGCCGCAUCAUGCAGCAGGAUCGAGGCGCUCAUAGUAUCCGUUAGGAAUGUCAUUGAGCGGUCAGAUGUGUGCUUGGUACAUGAAUGAAGACUGAAUCAAUAAAUAUUGCUUUGAUACCA